UCUCGUAAUGUGCAGUUACUUUCCAGCCAGCGCGAGACAAGAGUUGCAAAACAUCCAGCGAGCAAUAGAAACGUAGUAUCGCACACGUAUAGACGACACAUAAAAGAAACGCGGCAACUUCCUCCAUCCUGAUUCGGGAAACGGAAAAAGGAAGAGCCAAAUAAGACGUUUAUUAGAGCUACUCAACAAGAUCCGCUGCCCACGACCUACCGUCAUCAGAAUCGUCUCUGCUGCAUAUGGUGAAAGCUUUCUGGUGAAAAUCACAUUCACACUUGAUGGAAAGUUCCUCAUGCAUUUCUGGAUUGACAAGCGCAGCCAGACGUGUGGGUAUAACGGGCGGCGCUCACUGCCUAUGGGCUGUGGGACAAGACGGCCCCGCUGCAAGCCCAUGGUUACACCUGUCCACCGGUUUACACCGAUUGACUGUGGGCGGCGUAGCCAGCUGUCAGUGCCGCCCACAUUCGGUUCAUCCUCUGGCUCCCACCGACAGCCUGGGCCUCAUGCAGUUGAGGUGGACAGUAGUGUCUUCCUGGACUUGCCACUGGAACCAGCAACUGAAGCCAGUGUCCACAGUAUAGCUCAACAACAGCUGCUGCCAGUAGGUCGUGUUAGGUGUGGCAUGUGGGCAUCAUUUGCACUUGCCACAGUUUUUGUGGCAGGAGCAAAAUUCUAUUUUGAUCAUGAGGGAGUACAUGGUACUGGGCUGGAGGUGUUGGUGUUCUGUUCGUUGCUGGUUGUGUUCCUGCUUGCAGGUUGUACUGUGUCAUUGUGUCGAUCAAGAGUGACCCGGGAAUUACUUUCAGCUGCAGUAGCAUCAAGUGCUGUUCAUGUCCAAUCUGCCCAGGCUGUAGCAACUUCUUCAUCAGCAACACCUGUCCACCAGACUCGUGAACGUCCUGUUGAAACAACGAGUGUGACAGUUCAGCAAGAAGUGGCUGAAAGGCAAGUGGUUGCCUUACCUUCGUCAAAUACAGUCCAAGUUCCCGAACCACCUCCUCCACCCUACCAUGUUGCAGUUCUGCUACCAGUUCAGCAGAGACCACAUCCGCCUGGUGAUGAGUCGCCUCCACCCUCAUAUGAGAAGGCUGUAAGCUAAAAAUGAACCUGUGAACUUCUAAAUCAGAAGCUUGAGUCAUUCCUCUUUGUGCAAUGAGUCAUCAUAGUACUGAUAUCAUGAUAUAGUUUACUUUGAGAGAAUGCUUUGAUUUUCUCAUCUAUAGACUUCCAUGAAAUGAGUGAAUCUCUUGUUGGCUAAAAUAGUGUGGCUGGAAAUAUGUUGAAUUUUCUACCUGUUUGACAAAUAUUUUUAUGCAUCGUCAAGAGAAAUAGUUUGCAUCAACACAGGAAGAAGUUUUGUGAAUUGUUUGUGACUUGUGCAGUAAAACUGAUAGCUAAGAUUGCAUUUGGUAAGCUAACUGUCUGUUGACUCAUUUUAUACCUCAUUUUCAGUGUAGAUUUGCAUAUUUGAGAGUACCAGUAUACAGAAUGACUAUAAUAGAAAGAUGGGAACCAUCACUCUGCCGAGUUCCCUCAUGCUUUUUAUUUAAAUGAUUGUUAUUACACAAGUAUUAUUUACUUAUUCCAGUCUCUCAUGUCGAUGACAGAAGUUUCCUGUGUUCAGACACUAGCCUUUCUUUCAAAUUUUCACUUGUCAGUGUAUACAUUAUUGUGCAUGACUUGACUAUUCUUAUGCAUUUAAAAACAUCAUGUGUAUUACAGAUAUUAAGCUUGAUUCUGUUCUGUGAACAGUUACAUAUAUAUUAUUAUUUACAGUUAAGUGGCUAAACAUAAAAAUAAAACAAAAGAAAAUGAGUUGUAAUGCCAAAGAAAUGGGCGCAUUUCCUCUAUUUUAUAAUUAGCACUAAGUAAUUUGUGAAAAUCUUCACACUAUUUCAUUUUAAUUGUUGAUAGCAUGCAAGAAUGUUUGAAUAUGCAAGUUAAAAUACUCGAAAUUUGUGUAUAGCUGUUGUGGGAAAAUUUGUGAAAUGGAAUUAUUUACCUGAAAUGAAAGAAGAGAGAUUUUUUGUGGUUAAGUACAAUUUAUUUUUUUGGCAAGAACAGAAAUAGUUAAUAUUAUCUUUUUUUUCAUUUAAUAGUAUUAAGAUGUGCAGUAUAUGUCACUUGUGUAUUAUAUUUGCCCUUGAUGAACACACAAAUGUUUUAGGCCUUGUACAUACACACAAUGAAUAUAUAUGUUGAUUUUUUAAAAUUGGCUAAGAUACUCAAACAAUCGCAAAAACUACGCACAAUUUUGUACAAUUACAUGGUAAUAGUACUUACACUGUAUUUUAUCUUGCUUUAAAAUGAAAUUUCAGUUCUUUAUGAGAGAACUGCUAUUAAUAAAGUGAUAGAAGCAAGACAAACAUAUAAAGAAUAUGAGUGUGUAGAAAGGCUUCACUUCUGUUUGAGGAGCUAACAUUUAACUGUAAACAUGAAAUAUAGGUAGAGGAAGGAAAGAGAAAGGAUGGGUGGGGAAUUGUGACAGCUAGCCACCGAGAGCAUUGCGGUAACGCAGUGGAGAAAGUUGAAAAUUUGUCCCCAAGCAUGACUCAAACCCUAUGUACCGCUUCUCACGAAUGGUUGCCUUAACCACAUUGGCCAUCUGGACACGGUCCCUGACUGACUCAAAUUUCCAACUUAUCACAUGCUGUAAUGCAGCCUCCCUAAUCCAUUAAACUCACUACUCACAAAUUCUGAUUUCCGUAGUAGUUUGGAUGAUAUUUGUGCAUUCCCACUGGAACAAACAUCGAGAAACCACUACCCUCUUUUUCAAAUAUAUAACAUUUAAGAGUUUUACAACAAGGGCAGUUGUGACUGUGAAGCCAGUUGACAGCUCUCAUAAAAAUUUGUGUCACAUUUUUAUGUUGAUUUCAGUGCGGAACCAGAACAAUAGCAUACUGUCAGAUUUCAGUCCCAAUAAAUGUAUUUAAUUAUAACGUAAUUGAAAUACUAACACCAAAAUUCCAGACAUGUUACAAAAUUAUGUGUUAUGUUGGAAAGAAAUAGCCUGUUUUGUCCUUUUCUCAUUAUUUUUAACAUUAGAAAAGCCAUGAGAAUGACUUAAAAAUUAAAACUUUCCGUUUUCAGUCAGUGAGAAAGCCAUGGAAUAUUUUUGUACUGUUAUUGGUUCACAGUUAUUGUUCAGAACCCAGUGUUUUUAAAUAACUGCCUUGGGAUUUGUGCAGCUAAGAUAUGGGAAGUAUGAAAACCAAAUUAUCAAUAUUGUGAGUGAAAAUAAUAAGAGAAAAUGCAUUUUUGUGUGAAACUUCCCCAACGUCUUACACAAAAUAAUCUGCAUGUAGUAGCAUGCAGGAGAAUCUUUAAGAAUGUGUCAAACAUGUAUAUUUUAUUCUUCCUUUUGAUUAAAAUACUGAAAAAUCAUUAGUUUCACUGGGAAGCUAUUGACAGUAUUUCCCAGAAUGUUGAUACUAUUUGCACAGUUUGAUUUCUCAGAUCUUUGUGAUCAUUACUAGCCUGUAGUAAAAUCACUCAUCACCCUUUCACUAUAAACUUUGCUGGCAAGCAUUCCACUGACAGCUAUCCAAGCAUGUCUGGCGACCUUGUAGAGCACUUGCGGCAAAAGGCAAAGGACGCAGGUUGAGUCCCAGUUCACCACAUGGUUUAAAUCUGCAAGAAAGUUUCAAAUCGUGUCACACAUUGCUACAGAGUAAAAUUCAUUCUUGAAACAAUCCCCUAGGCUGUGGGUAGGCCAUUUCUCUGCAAUAUCCUUUCUUCUAUAUGUGCUAGUCCUGUUAGGUAUCUAGGAGAACUUCUGUGAAGUUUGGAAGGUAGAAGAAGAGGUACAGUGGAAGCAGGGCUGUGAGGACAGAUUGUGAGUUGUGCUUGUUAGAACAUGUGUCCAUGAAAGGCUAAGGUCCCAGAUUCAACUCCCAGUUUUAAUCUGCCAGAAAGUUUCAACUUCUUUGUUUCUUCGUGUUUUUUUUUCCCCCCUCCAUUGGUAAGUUAGUGUUUCUUUGAGAAGUGUGCUCAUUACAUUCCACAUUUAUUUUGUAGAUUCUUUACAUUCAGUGAGAAGGACAGCAUCAUCAGUGAAACUUUUGUACCCUGUCCUGACAUUUUUAUUAGGCCCUUUCUUUUCUUUGCUUUCACUUCAGUUCUUCUCAGUGUAUAAUUGAAGGAGCACACUUUAUAAUUAAUGUAUUUGCCUUAUUUCCUUAUUUAAAUAUGUAUGAGGUACAAAUGUUAAAAAUUCUACCUUGGCUGUAUGUCACUCAAUCCUUACAUGAAAGAUUUUUCUGUUUAGUCAGGUUAUGAAUUUUUCAUGAUUUAUCUCAAUAUUCAUCUACAAAAUACAAUAUUCUGAACAUCAAACAAGGGAAAAUCCAGAAUGGAAUGUAACAUUAUUAUGAAAAGAAUAAUUGGUACUCACCAUGUAGAGGAGAUGAUGAGUCGCAGAGAGGCACAACAAAAGGACUGUCAUCAAGUGAGCUUAUGGACAACAAUGCCUUCGCUGAAAACGAUAGCAUACCCACCAUACACUCACACAAAUGUAACUCUCACAUACAUUGCCACAGGCUGCUGAGGCCAGUGAGACUGUGGUGAAGUGUGUAUGUGUGUGUGUUUGUGUGUUGUCUAUUUCAAUGAAGGCCUUGUUAGUGAAAAGCUCAUUUACUAACAGUCUUUUUGUUCCUAUCUGUCACUCAAUAUCUCCACUAUAUGGUGAGUAGCAACUAUCUUUUCAUAAUAUUGCUAUAUCCUGAACAUCUUUACACAUUACUGUUAAUUAGGUAGUAACAUUUAAUUUUUUCUCCAUACCACCUAGUGUAUAAACCAUGGAGAGAUGAGGGAAACCUGAUUGAUGACUAUUAAUAAUUUAUAUAUGGUGUCCGUGCUUUCAUGGAAGUAUAGAGUGAUGUUCAGCUGCUUUUUCUUGUGUUUCUUCUGCUUCACAAAUUUUAUUUCCAUACUGAACAAUUUCUCUGAAA